AAGCUGGAUGUGCUAAAGGAGCAGCAGGAGAGGCAAGGAGAUGUCACUGCCACUUAGAUUUGCUCCAGCCACAACAGCAACUCCACCGUGCCAAAGCAAGAGUCGUCGGACAUCCUGUUGCCCUGCUGGGACUUCACUGUACCAGUGAGAGUGAAGGACUCUGAUACGAGACGGACAUUCCGAAGGGAGAUAGUUCAAGACUAUCUACUAUAAAGACUACACAGUAGGCAGAUUGAAUGUGGUACUGAUCAAACCAUGGAGCCUUCUAAGUGGAAGAAGGUGGCAUAUGGAGGGAUGCAGCCGGGAUAUAAUGACAACUACACUGAUGAAUCAUUCCUUGAAGAAAUGGUUAUGAAUGCUAAUGUGGUAAAGAGGGGCAUGCCGAAAGUGAUGCUUGAUUCCGUUUCCAUAACUCAAUAUGUUUGCAUUGUGUCUCUUGUGGUCUCUGUAUGGGCUCAUACAUUGAGUUUGCACAUUGAUGAAAUCUCUCUCCUUAAACUGGAUAUAGCUCUUCUUGCACUAGGAUUUUCAGUCCUCUUGCUCACUGCAAGACAACUUUCCAUCCAACUUCUCUCACAUUAUCUUCUUAAUAUUUCAUUCUUCAUCAGUGGAUUAUAUGUUUUAGCACCAAUAUAUUAUACUCUUACUAGAUCGAUCAGUUCAGAUUCAAUAGUGGCAUUGACUGUAUCACUUCUCAUAAUUCAUCUUUUCCUUCAUGAUUAUUCUGGUUCCACGAUAAGACCUCCUGGUGCUCUAAAGAAUCCAAAUUUGGCUAGUAAUAUCUCCUUGAAUGCAUCAAUAGUGGCAUCGGUUCUUGUGGCUUCUCGUCUUCCAUCCAGACUUCAUGUCUUUACCAUAAUGCUUUUUUCUUUGCAAGUCUUUCUUUUUGCACCACUUAUCACAUUUUGCAUUAAGAAGUACUCCAAUAAGGUACAUCUGUUUUUUUCCUUUGCAUUAAUGAGCAUGGCCUUGAGUGUGGUGUACCAGUUGCAUAGCAUGCUGUUUACACUAUUGUUGGGCCUUCUAUUCUUCAUCUCUGUAGUUUGCCCUUACUGGCUUAUAAGGAUACAAGAAUACAAAUUUGAGAUAAAUGGUUCAUGGGACGAGGCUAAGCUCUGCUUUGACAUCACCGAGUAAUCAUUGACUUUUAGUGUUGCUCAAGGCUUAUAUCUGGCAGUUGUCUGUCUUAUCUUUGAACUGAAUAAUUUUUCUCAUGUUUCGAUGGACAAGAAUAAUUGAAUGCUACUACUGCAAACUUGGUGAGCUCUGUUCCAUAAAGGAAAGCAAGCCCAAACAAGAUACUGAAUACUGAUGUAUGCAUUUAAUGCCUAAUCAUUAAAAUGUCUUCCUGCUUGUCAAAUUUUUCAGAGUUUUUAAUGCUUGUCAAAUGUUUGACAGAGUUUUAAUACUUGUAUUAAGUAGAUCUAUAUUUGCUCUCAACGCAUGCAGUUUUUUUAUCUUAUUAUAUUAUCUUUAAUUUUGUGUAACUUUACCUCAUUUUUGUCCUAGUAAGCUUAGUCUUGUGCAUCUUCCAGUUGAUUACACCUAGUUGGCACAGAUGGAGAAUUGGUGAUGGUUUCGGUUUAUAGAGUCAUGGAUCAUGAAAAGUUGAGGUUGCGAGAGCUAAAAGAGCAUAUAACUUCUGGUGUUUGGUUUAGGGAGAAGUGAUGAUGGUCACAGUAGCUUGAAACUUGUGACUAAAGGCCAAAGAUGUGGCAAAGAGAGAACUUGAAAUACCAUAGGAAGAGGUAUGUGUAUGGCUAUUGACCACUGUGGUAAUCAAGGCAAAGAUGAGCAUAUAAACAAUUUUUUUAAAAAAUUUGCUCGAGUGAAAAAUCUGAACAAAAAGGAGGAAAACUCUGCUCUAGUAAAUGGUGCAUAGACAACAUCAUUGAUAAAACUUGUACCUUUGAAUAUGAACCUUUUUAUUCUUUGAUAAUGGUUCAUCUGUCGAUGCUGUAACUGUGUAAGAAUCACUUGUUAAUUUUGUAUUAGCAUUGUUUUAUAAAGAUUAUGUCAAUCUUUCAGUGAUUA